CGGGGCAGGGUUAAGACUAUACUUUCAGGGAUCAUUUCUGUAGUUGGUCACUAGAGGAGAGUGAUCGCACCUGAUCGGCGUCACAAGCCACGAGGAGGAGCAGGGUGUUCUCUCCUGAGCGCGAAGCGGGCGGGCGGUGCUGCCUGGGCAGGGGCCGCUCGCCAUUGAUGACCGUUCCCGGCCCUGUUGUUGGGGCUCGGGAGGGAGAGAACACGGGCUGAGUGGAAUUUUUGUUGAUGCUGUGAAUUCCAUGGGUCAAACCUGUCUCUUCACUGCUGCGCUGCUGGGGCUGGGUAAAAUCGUGGAUGUGCUGCUGAGAUUUGGCUCAGAUGCCAAUCAUCGCUGCCACGAUGGGAGCACCCCGGUGCAUGCAGCUGCAUUUUCAGGAAACCAGCAGAUCCUCAGCAGGUUACUGGAUGAAGGAGGAGAUCUCAGAGUCCACGACAAAGAGGGCAAAACUCCCCAGUUCUGGGCUUUGUCAGCCAGGAAGGAAAGCAGUGCUCAGAUGCUGGAAUUUAUCCAACAGUGCACACUGCACAUGCAAGCUGCAAUUUGGAACCUUCCCUCUGAUCUGCUCAGGAAAGUUGGCUCCUCAAAGGCCUUGAUCUGCAGCCCCUCGAGGUUUGGUGGCCUUGUCCAAGGAAAUGCUGAUAAUUCACUGGGAAAAUUCCUGAAAGGACAGCCCAGUGUGGCCAGGAACAUUUACAGCUUUGGUUUUGGGAAGUUCUAUCUCGCAGGCAGUGGCCACCUGGGCUACCUGGCCUCUCUCCCAAUUAUUGGGGAGAAAGAUGUGAUUCAGGCUGAUGAUGAACCAGCAUUUUCUUACCACGUGGGGCCCUACAUGAUCAUGACCAACUUGGUGUGGGGAGGCAGCAGAGUGACAGUGAAGGAGCUGAGCUUCCAGCCCCAGCAGAACUGCUGGAAGCUGCGCCUGGCUGAUCUCCUCCUGGCAGAGCAGGAACACAGCAGCAAACUCCGCCACCCUCACUUGCUGCAGCUGAUGUCUGUUUGUCUGUCCAGUGACCUGGAGAGAACUCGUUUGGUCUAUGAGAGGGUUCACUUUGGCUCUCUCUACAGCAUCCUCCAUGAAAGGCGUACAGAAUUCCCAGUGCUGCAGACAGAGACCAUUUUGCACAUUUUGCUCCAGAUCAUCGACGCUCUGCGUUUCCUGCACUCCCGGGGAUUUCUCCACCGCUCCCUCUCCUCCUAUGCCAUCCAAAUUGUGUCCUCUGGGGAGGCCAAGCUCUGCAACCUGGAGUACAUGAUAGAGAGCAAGGACAGUGGAGAGCACAGUGACCUGACCCGAAUUCCUGUCCCAGUUCAGCUGUUCCGCUGGUGUUCCCCUGAAAUAAUCCUGGAGAAGCCUGGGACAGUUAAAUCAGAUGUUUACAGCUUCUGUGCAGUGCUGCAGGAAGCCUUAACAGAGAGCCCUCCCUGGAAGGGUGUGGAAGACUCAGCUGUUAAGCAGCUCAUCCUUUCAGGGGAGCAGCUGGAAGCAGAUGUCAGGCUCCCCCUGAUCUAUUAUGAAGUUGUCAAGUCAGGGCUGGAGCCCAAACAGAGGAACCGCUCCAUGAAACUUCAGGAUAUUCAAUAUAUCCUGAAAAAUGACUUAAAGGAUUUGGUUAAGUCUGAAAGUGGCCAUGCUGGUGGAACACCCAAAGCACAGAGAUCUGCUGUUCUUGCAGAUGUGAACAUCUGCUGGGCAUCAGCUUUUAGCUUCCAGAAGAGGACAGUGGAAUUCCAGGAAAAAGAGAUAAGCAAGGCUGGUGGCUUUUCUGCCCCCACAGGCUCUGUUUUCCCCAGGGAGAGCAGUGCUGUGGUGGUGCAGGAGGCAGCAGCCAGCGCAGAGCCAGCUGCACAGGACACAAGCCCCGAUGUCUCCUCUGAAGUGCAGACAGGAGCUUUUCGCUCCAGUGAGAGUGAUGUGGAUGAGAGCCUGUGCAGCUUUGAGAUGAAUGAAAUCAUGGCCAGUUAUCCAGAAGGUCCCCAAGACUCCCUGGAAGAAGGACCUGGAUUAGGCCACGCUCCAAAGGAUGCAGAAAGGCAGCGAAAGGAAGGAGAUCAGAGCCAGUGGGAGGAUGAGGAGGAAGGGGAAUCCUUGGGGUCCAGCACGGGGUUCACUGGAGAGGAUGAGGAGGAAGAAACGGAGGAAGAAGAAGAGGAAAGGGUGAGAGAAGCCUCAGCCCUGUCCCAGGUGAGAGGAGAUGCUGGCAGGAGGCUGAGCAGCCCUUCCCAAAGCGACCAGCACAUCAGCAAAUGCGUCCUUGACGUCAAGAUCAUGCAGAGCAUGGUGCAGCAGGCAGGAGAUUGCCUGAGCAGGACAGAGGAGAUCCUGGACAGGCUCAAUGCCAUAGGAGAGCAGAAGAAGCUGCUCCAGGAAAGCAGGAUGAAUCUGCUUCCUAAGGAAAGUUCUCAAGGAAGACGCUGGAAUGGGCCUGAUGGGCCUUCCCAAAAUACCAAUAAAGCUUUUUCUGGAGUUGGUAUUUUUUUACACAAGGCUGUAGGUCCACCAUCCAGGGACUACAUUCCACCAUCAUUAAGGUGUCAGGCACCAGGCAGAGACAGCUUCCAGGCUGUUCCCAAGACAGCCAAGGAAAGAGAGGCAAUUCAAAAUGAGAAGUGGAAGAGCAAAAUUGCGGCCAGCCGUUGUGAUCCGGGCUGCAGCGGGGGCAGAGGCCUGGAUGAUGAAGUGAGCCUGAACCAGGAGCAUUUCCUCCCACACGUGGCUGCGAGGUGCCAAAAAAAGUUCAACUUGCAGUGUCAGAGAGGAGCUGAUUCACAUCCUGCAGCAAGAAGGGAAGAGGAGAAGUGGUGCCAUUCAAAACCAAGGGCUGAAUUCUGCAGCAAAAAAAAGAGUGAGAAGAAGAGGGUGAUGCAGUCAGGAUGGAGGACUGAAGUGGAGCAGUUGGCCAGAAGAGCGGUCUCAGGCCGGCUGGGGCUCAGCUGUCCGUACCCUGCCAGUGAAUGCACGUCUGAAAGUGAAGCAGAAAGUGCCAAGGAAACCUCCCAGCAGGUCCCUGCUGGAGCCCCACACAGCCAGGACCAGCAGAGGUGUGCCUGGCAGCCAGCUGAGGGUGCUGAGACCUGGGACCUGGGCACUGAGGAUAGAACUGAAUCUGGGGAGAGCGAUCUGGAGCCUGCACUCACGAGUUCCACAGGGAGGAGCUGCCAGUCCCCAGCACCAGAUGAGCAAGCAGAGUCUGGAACAGCCAUUCCUGAGAGUUCAGUCCUUCCUCAGCAAGCUGAGAAUCUCUCUAGAGGACAUUCAAGGGAAUUACAUGGUUCUCUUAACUCACCUCCUGAUGUGACUGAAGAAUUCUUCACUCCUGAUUAUUUCCUUCCUCCUGCUCUUGAGGGAAGGUCAGAAGCAGAGACCUCAAAUUCUGAGGGCAAAGCAGAAGACGUUUGUGGAGGAUUUUUACAGAAAUUACCUGGAGAUGCAGCAUCAGGAAUUCAGGCUCCAGGAGGAAAAAUACUAUUCUGCAGCACAACACCACAGAGCAGUGGCAGUAACAAGCUGGGAGUGAAUCAGCUGAGCCAAAUGCCUGGAGCCAGUGUGGAUGCAGCACGAGAAGCGACACUGUGGGAGCCACAGGAAGAAUGCCAAGAAAAAGAUGUAUCAGUGGCAGAUAUUCAGGAUUUGUCCAGCAUCCCCUGUGAGCAGAACUUCCAGAGGGGUGUGGAGUGUAAAACACCUCGGCUGAGCCACGCUCCCACCAGUGUCAGCACCCCCCUGGGCUCAGGGGAAAGAUUUCCAUCAGCCUUUGAGAAAUACAAACACUGCCGUGAAUUUUCUUCAGAUUCUUCCUUUUGUGCCUCUCAAGAAACCUCCUCCACAGCAUUCAAGACUUUCACCACAGCCUGUGAAGGGGACAGGAGCAUGGAAAUUCCAGUGGUGGCUCCAAGAGUUUUCCCAUUUGGACUGAAAGAGCCUGUUGGGUUGCCACCAGUUGCUUCAUCCCUGAGAAACACCAGGCAGGAACAUGCACUCUCAGAGCCCUUCUCCAUUGAUGAGCUGCCUCCACCAGCCCAAGAGCUGCUGGAUGAAAUUGAACACUUAAAGCAGCAAGAUUCCAUCACUCCAGACUCGGAAGGGAUGGGAUUGCAAGACUCCAGAGUACAAGUGAAUGCUCCUGAUCAAGUUACAAUGGAAAACAGAGAGUCAGAAAAAGAAUCUGAGAGAAAUGAGAAGAUAAAUCAGAGUUUAUGGACUAAGGAGUCAUUUAAUCAAGCAGAGGAUACAGAAAGGGCUCACUCCAGUCUGGAUGAUAUUUUGGAAAGAAUGCUCCAUGCAGUUCCUGGAGAUGAGGAGAUCCAAGAACAACCUCAGGGACACGCUCUUGGGGCUGCCAGCCUGCAGGAUCCAGAAGAUGCUGGAAGGAAGACUGGAGUAGAGGAGAGUGGAGCCUGGGCUGGAGGCAGAGCACCAGGAAGCUGUGCAGGGACUUCAGCAGACCAGCACCCCAAAGAUCAGAAAUUCCACCCCCAUCAGUGGCUGACUCCAGCUCCACCCUUCAGGAUAAUUGUUUUGGAUGAGAACUCUCUCCAUGAUUAAAACAGAGAGUGAAUAAAUUCUACACAUCACCUGCUUGCUGCUGCUUGCACAGUGUUUAGUCUGUGAAUUACAGCCCUUUUUGGCCACAUAAACACCUGUAAAGCUCAGACUUGCUUUAAGUGCAGCAGCAAAUUUUGAAGAAAAUCUAAUGCUGUGUGUUCUGAUAUGGUUUGUACUGGUUUGAUGCCACUGUUGCAUGCACAGGCAGUGUCAAUGUUGCAAAAGUGAACUGUUUUUUUUUACUGUCACAUCCUUAUGAAACUGGUUUUUAUUCUGCACGUGCUCAUUCUCAUAAGCUAAAGAAUUUCUUGCUCUGUUGCAUUAUGCAGUUUUCACAUUAAAGACAAAAUGAUUGUAAUUCUGUGGGCUGCUGGUGCUGCUCAGGCACUGAAAUGUUUCCAUGCUAGAGUGUUACAGCCCAUGUAGUGUCUGUUUUUCCUUGCUCAUUAAAUUUAACAAGGUAAUUUCUUGUUUUCUCUUUACUUAGUGCUUUUGUGAUCUAGUGUUGAACUGAUUUGACUGAUUAAAGGGAUUAAUUGCUGUGCAAAAAGCUAAUGAGGAAAAGGCAGUGUUCUCCAGAGAUUGCAAGUGCAGCAAUAUGUUCCCUGCCAGCAUCAGACAAGAAUGUGAAAAAAAUGUGGUUGUUAUGAAGAUACCUGAUGUUUAAUUCAACCACAUUUUUGGUAGGACUCAUAAAAAACAACAAAAAAUAAAAAAUCCCUAGAUAUAAUUGAGUUUGGAUUAGAAUUUUGAUGGGCACAGCAAUUUCAUACUUAACAAAUUUUUUUUUGUGAUAAAUACAGUUCAAAGUGCAGGAGUGAAGGUUGUUCUGUUCCCUGACAGACACACAGGGCUUUGAGCUGGUUUUGCACAUCUGGGUGGGUGAAGUUUUGCAUCUUCAUUCCUGUUUUUGCAGGGAAUUGCUCCAGCUCUGUACCUGUUAAUUUGGUUUAACAACAUUAAUAAAAGUUUCCAAGGUUA